CCGGAAAACACCAAACCUCCCCUAUGCAGUCUCGUGCGCCGCUGCUGUUUCGCCGCUCUCGCGCUCUGUUCGGUAAACAUGCGUGACCGCGCGCUCCGGUGUUUCCCGUAGUCUCAUAUCCGCGCUGUGUGUUCAUGCUUGCGGCUCUGCUGCGCUCUCGCGCGACUGCGUGGCGAUUUCUGAAGCGCGCGACGCCGUUACCGGAGCUCCUCGGUCACGGUGACGUCAAGGCCGGUGUGUCUCGCGCCGCGUGUUUGCGGCCGUGGAGCGACAGCAUGUUGCCACGCGCGGGGAAGAAGCCUGCAAAGGACGCGCCGCUGCGGCACGUGCGCUCCAAGGAGAAGCGCGCGCACCGGGAGCUCCCAGGGCCGAGCACCGUGCACGCGCAGGCGGUGAGCGCUGGGAGCAGAGAGAACGGGAGCGCGCUUUAUGUCUUCUCAGAAUACAACCGGUAUCUGUUCAACUGUGGGGAAGGGACCCAGAGGCUGAUGCAAGAGCACAAACUGAAGGCGGCUCGAUUGGACAACAUUUUCCUGACCAGGAUGAGCUGGGAGACGGUCGGAGGCUUGUCAGGAAUGAUUCUCACCUUGAAAGACACAGGAGUCCCUGAGUGUGUCCUUUCUGGACCUCCACAGCUGGAGAAGUAUUUGAAUGCUAUCAAAGUGUUUUCUGGACCAUUAGAGGACAUCAAAUUAUCUGUGAGGCCAUAUACUGAAUCAGUAUAUAAAGACGACACCAUGACCGUCACCCAAGUGCCUGUAUUUGCUGAGCAGAAUGCUGAGGGAAUGAGGCGCAGUAGCAGUCCGAACAGCAGUUCCACAUCCAGCCAGCGGAGGGAGCUGUGGCGGCCUGAUGACUGCGAGGAAAGCCCAACCAACAACAGAGCGUCAAGUCCAGAAGGCAAAGAGAGAACUACGCGGGAUCCCUCUUUGGUCGUAGCUUACGUUUGUAAGCUGCAUCCGAAAAAAGGAAACUUUCUUGUGCAGAAAGCAAAGGAGCUGGGAUUACCUGUGGGGACAGCUGCUAUCGGACCAAUCAUAACUGCCUUAAAAGAUGGGAAAAGUGUGACCUAUGAGGGAAAAGAGAUCCAACCAGAGGAAGUGUGUACUCCCACUGACCCAGGGCUAGUGUUCCUUGUGAUUGACUGCCCUUCCAAACAGUUUAUUCAACCGCUCUGCACUAACGAGAUCCUCCAAAGAUAUCAGAGUGGGGAAGAUGGAGCCACUCUGGUGGUGCACAUGACCCCAGAAUCAGUGCUGAAAACAGAGGAGUAUCAGCGGUGGAUGGAGAGGUUCCCCUCCAGUACGGAGCACAUGAUUAUGAAUGAGCAGGCGUGCUGCAUUCACAACGUCAGGAGCCAAAAGAUCCAAACGCAACUGAACCUCAUCCACACUGACAUCUUCCCUCAACUCCAGCACUACAAAAGCACGGAGUCUCAGGCUGCUCUGCAUGUGCCCAACGUGAGAGCGGAGUGUCUGCUUAAGUUCCAGCUAAGACCCAAAGCAGAGUGGCAGCGAGACGCCAUCCCUCCCUGCGAUGAAGGGGAAUUUGUUAAGGAGGCCGCAGAGGUGCCAAACUUUCUGCAGGAAGUGGAGAAGUUCAAACGGUUCCAAACGACUGAUUCUGUCACCCUGUCUGGUAAAGUGGACCGGUACCCUGAGGUGGUGUUUUUGGGGACGGGCUCAGCUCUGCCGAUGAAGAUCAGAAACGUCAGCGGCACUCUGGUUAAUAUCAGCUCUUCCCAGUCUCUGCUGAUGGACUGUGGUGAGGGCACAUUUGGUCAGAUGUGCCGUCACUAUGGCAACCAUGUGGAUGAGAUGUUGACCAAGUUGUCCACCGUGUUUAUCUCUCACAUACAUGCUGAUCAUCACACGGGGCUGGUUAAUUUGUUGCUGCAGAGAGAGCGAGCUCUAAACAGUCUGGGGAAAGCUUUCACUCCAGUGUAUCUGGUGGCUCCUACUCAGAUCAUGACGUGGCUCAACCAGUAUCAUGACCACUGCCAGGAAAUCCUCAGCCAUGUCAACUUCAUCCCAGCCAAGUGUCUGUGUGAAGGUGCGGAGGUGCCCAAGUUUAAAACCAAAUCCUUCAUUCAGGCCGUCCUGAAGAGAAAUGACCUCACUAAGUUUCAGACCUGUCUUGUGCGUCACUGCAAGAAUGCGUUUGCCUGCAGUUUGACCCAUCAGUCCGGCUGGCGGAUUGUGUUCUCUGGAGACACCAUGCCCUGUGACGCCCUUGUACACAUGGGAAAAAAUGCAACAUUGCUGAUACAUGAAGCCACACUGGAAGAUGGAAUGGAAGAGGAAGCCAUGGACAAAAGGCACAGCACAACCUCACAGGCCAUCGACAUCGGGAUGAAGAUGAAUGCGGAGUUCAUUAUGCUGAACCACUUCAGCCAAAGGUACGCCAAGAUUCCACUCUUUAGCGACGACUUCAAUCAGCGCGUGGGAAUCUCCUUCGACCACAUGAGGAUCCGGCCGGGAGAUUUCCAGAUCCUUCCUCGGCUCCUGGCUCCUCUGAAAGCACUGUUCGCAGAGGAAAUCGAGGAGAUGGAGGAGAGAAGAGGAAGAAGGGAGCUGAGGGCGGGGAAGACUGUAGGGAUGGAGUCUAACGGUGAGGCAGGAGGUGGAGCUAAAAGAGAACAGGAGGAGCCUAACCAGGAAAUGGCCUCUAAACGACUAAAAGCUAACUAAGCAUCCACCAGUCAGGUUCAACCAGUAUGAUGGAUGUUUAAAAAUGUUCUCGAGCCUUUUUCAGCCUAAUCUCUUUUAGCUAUGUCUGCAGUGUUCAGGUGACCACAGAUUAAUGCUGAUGUGUUUCUCUGUGCUUAGAAAAGAACAGAAAACGCAUUGAACACACUUAUAAUAAAAGUCAGUGGGAAGCUGCUAAAUGAAUGUUGCUGUGUUGAAAUGCUGGAAAAUCAAACAUCUCAGAAAAACAGCCUUAAUAAGACAUUGUCUCAUGUCUGUCUCAUCUUAACACCAGUAUAGUUGGAGUGUAACGGGUUGUUGUUUCCAAUUUAUGUUAUGUAAUUACAGAUUUCCAUCUUGAACUUCAGCAGCUGCUCAUUGGCUUCUGUUAUAAGUGUGUUUUAUAGGUUCUCUGUUCUUUUGUAAGUGCAGAAAAAUGUAAAAACUUUUGUUUGUGUUUAAUGAUUGUGCUGCAGAUGCAGCAAAUAGAGAUUAGUUUGAAAAACACUGGCGUAUUCCUUUAAGAUCAAUCAAGAGUUGGCUCAGAAAAGACUUACCAGUGAACACAAUGCUACAUAUGAUCCAACCUAUGAAAGGACACUGUAAACAUUGAGCACUAUAUCUUUCGCAUCACAUUGAUUUCUUAGUUGGAAUAUUUUCUAAGAACAUUGAUUUCAUCUGAUUUGAAUGAGUACACAGCCUGUCCUGCGAGAUUCCCUUUCAUAGAAUUGUUCAAAGCAGCCAAGUUUUCCCACCUUGUGGUGUUUUUGCUUAUGUGACACAUUUCCAAAAGCUUAUACACGGAUUUAAGAUGAACAAGAGCUAUGAAGGGGUACAGGUUUGGGGUGAAUGCCACUAAGAAUUGGACUUUGAGUUUGGAGUGAUUCGAGUGAUUAUAAUGAAUUUAGCUUGAACAGGGCAGGUUUCUUUUCCUGUUUCCAAGGUGUGAGUGUGAAUGUAUAUUUUUUUUGUAUGUAAUAUUGUGUUAUUUAUGUACAUAAAAACAGACUAACAGACUUUUUGUUUUAAGAAAAUAAACAGAAGGCUUAAAGAACAUGGUGAGAGUUAUCAGGAGGGUUUAAAACUGAACUAAGUGGAAGUUUACUGAACAUUAGAUUAGGCAAUGCAGAAUAUGGCCUACAUUUCAGUAAAAUGACCUAUUCUUUAUUACCUAAAUUUACUGAAAUUACACAGCUCCUCAAAGCAUCUUGAGCUCAAGAUUGGUGGUGCUUCACAUGUUUGAGGAAGCUUAUGCUACCCUUCACCCUCCCAGCUUGGUAGCAUGGUGUGAUGGAGGGAUACCUGACUAGCGAGUGCAGUUGGCCAUAACUAAUUUGGAUAGAACACUGAGUAAAAAGAAAAAAGCAGGCAUGUUCCACAUA